GUGCCCUUACACUGGUCAUGUGACAUUUACGGAAGAAGAUUUCUCAAUUUUCAUAAUGGUUUGACUAUGAAUCAUAUAAAGAAACUAAAAUUAAACAGUCUUAAACCUUGACAAUUUUACAUGAAUUAGAUUGUAUUUUCCAUUUGCACAAUUCUCCCAGUUCUUUGCUGCCAAUGUCUGGAAAUACGUUACAGAAAGCUAUUGAGCUUGUAACAAAGGCAACAGAAGAAGAUAAAAAGAAAAAUUAUGAGGAAGCCUUAAAACUGUAUGAGCAUGCUGUAGAGUAUUUCCUUCAUGCAAUCAAAUAUGAAGCACAGAGUGAUAAAGCAAAAGAGAGUAUAAGAGCAAAGUGUAUACAAUACCUAGACAGAGCUGAAAAGCUGAAAAAAUACCUCGGAAAUGAUAAGAAACCUAAACCUAUGAAAGCAGGUGGAGGAGGUAGUUCUAAAAAAGAAUCGUCUGACAGUGAAGAUGAUGAAAAAAGUGCUGAUACAAAAAAAUUUGAAGGUGCCUUGUCAGGUGCCAUUGUUAUGGAGAAACCAAACAUACAAUGGGAUGAUGUUGCUGGGCUUCAUGGCGCUAAAGAAGCCCUGAAGGAAGCUGUUAUUUUACCUGUUAAAUUCCCACAUCUCUUCACAGGGAAAAGAAAACCAUGGCGUGGAAUUCUAUUAUAUGGUCCCCCUGGUACAGGAAAAUCAUUUCUGGCUAAGGCAGUAGCAACAGAGGCUAACAAUUCUACAUUUUUCUCUGUUUCCUCAUCCGAUCUGGUAUCUAAGUGGCUUGGAGAAUCAGAAAAAUUAGUCAAAACCCUAUUCAGUAUGGCAAGAGAAAACAAACCAAGCAUUAUAUUUAUAGAUGAAGUAGAUGCUUUAUGUGGAUCUCGAAGUGAGAACGAGUCAGAAUCUGCUCGCAGAAUAAAAACAGAGUUUCUAGUACAAAUGCAAGGUGUAGGAAAUGACCAGGAUGGUGUAUUAGUGUUAGGUGCAACAAAUAUACCAUGGAGUUUAGAUUCUGCUAUUCGUAGAAGGUUUGAGAAACGUAUAUACAUCCCUCUACCUGAGGCACCCGCAAGGUCACUCAUGUUUAAACUUCACCUUGGCUCUACACCAAACUCUCUCACUGAUGAAGAUUUUAAACAGCUAGGAUUGAAGGCUGAGGGUUAUUCUGGUGCAGAUGUUAGUAUUGUUGUGAGAGAUGCCCUCAUGCAGCCAGUACGUAAAGUACAAACUGCUACGCACUUCAGAAAGGUACGAGGUCCGUCCAGAGACAAUCCAGAUGAAAUUGUUGAUGACCUUUUGACCCCGUGUUCACCUGGGGCACCUGGUGCAAUAGAAAUGAACUGGACCCAAGUGGAUGGACACAAACUGCUUGAACCUGUUGUUAGCAUGGCUGAUAUGUUAAUGUCACUACAGACACAGAAGGCAACUGUUAAUGAUGAUGAUUUGAAAAAACACGAAGAAUUCACAAAUGAUUUUGGUCAAGAAGGCUAGCAGUGGCUGGAAAUGUUCAUUUUGUUCAUUUUCAUGUUAUAUAGUGAUGUAAAUUAUUUUUUUGAAGACGAACAAUUUUAUCUGCUGUCUACUUAUUUACAACAAACAUACAGUAAAGCAGGAGAUCUAAGUUCUUGUAUUGAAUUAUUACAACAGAUGCUGACAAUAUAAAGAUAGAAUCACUAUCUGUCUUUGAAUAAGGAGUUGUUGUUAAAAUCAUUUUACGUUUUCAUUUUUAUAACAUUUAAAAGUAUGUUAGUUCAAAUAAAUGAAUGCUAAUUGUAUCAUUUACACCAUAUUGUAAUCUUCUUAAAUAAAUACAUGAUUUUAGUUAUUUCUGUUUUUCAUGUACUAUUUAAUAUGUCUAUGUUAGCUGAACAGUUUGAGAAUUAGGUUUUACAGAACAGAAGUGUGGGUUUUAUCCUUGGACACUGUACAUAUUUCUGCAAUGAUUGAUUUUUGUUAUGGUUAGCAUUAACCACUGAUAAAAAAAAAGUGGUUAACUGUCAUCAAAUUACUUACCUGUGCAAAUAUGUAUGAAGUUCUGUUUCUGAUAAACCACACUGUCUUUUCUUUUACAACUUGAGAAAUUUUAAGUUCAUUCAUACUUUAAAUUAGUCAUAAUCUUCUUACAUAUUGUUGUUAUCUUUUCUCAUAAAAAUUAUAAAUAAUUUUAUGAAACAAUUUUUUUCUUACAUGCUAGGUUGAUUUUAGAACCAAACUGAUUCUUCAUAACACCAAAGUAAUUUUCUUCACAGAAAUGACAUUUGAUUGGUAGAUGGAUAUUUUCGGACUUUUGUCAGUGGUAUCCUUAUUGUGUCCAUGGUUAUUUCAAACACUCAUGAAAGAUUAAUAUUGAUUUUUUCUUUACAGUUCCUGAUAUUUAGUUACUCUGCAAUUUUCAUCAACUGUUAAUUGUUUUAAAAAGGUAAUUUUUUCAACCAGUCAAUAUACACAAAAGUGUAUAUUGAAUUUGUAAUGUUAGUGCUGAGUAAAACCACAUAAAUAGGCAAAAUAGUAAGAAAUUAAUUUAUCAUGGUUUUUCAAGAUAUUUUAUGGUAUAAAUUGAGCUGUCAGUUUGAACUAUUUGAUUGCUUUUUUUGUUCAAAUUGUAUAAGAAAUAUGUAAGGAAAUUAUUGAGACCUAAUCCAUUGUUAAUGUAUAAGCAAUGACUCUUGGACAAAUUGAACCAUAUCAAGAUAUUUGUAUUAUUUAUAGGUCUGUGCUGAUAUUUAUAUAUUUUCUCUUUUUACCUGAUAAGUGAAUUUGUCUUUUUCAAAAAUAAACAAUUUUUAAAAAAAAAUUCAGUUGCAUUAUACUUUGGAAACAAUACACUGAUGAAGAAAUAUUCUUCUUAUAUUAAAAAUGUUAAAAGUGGUCUGAAAAUGUCUAAUAAAUUCUGUGAAUACAAAUUUUCUACUAAGUCAUGUUAUCAUUAUCUUUGUGGGUGUAAUAAGGAAUUUGUUUUGUUUAAAUACUGACUAAUUCAAGUUUUGAACUUUUACUUCCAUUGUUAAUUAGAAUGGUAAGUGUGUCAUUUUAGCUUGUUUGUAGAAUUUGAAAUCCUGUAACUUGGAAAUAAAAUAAUUCAUCUUGUGCAUAAUAACCCUUAACCAGCGGUAUUUGUAUCAUGAAUUUGCCCAGCUUUGAAUUUCAAGAAGUCCACACACGCAAAUUCUAAUGGAUUUCAAUAUAUAAAAAAAACUUAAGCUACCCUGGGAAGUGCAGUCUGACCAAGCUCUGUAGUGCUUGGGAAGGAUAAUCACUUUCAGUUCCACCAGGUCAAGCCCUGAGGGUUUUUCUUUAAUUGUUGAGGCAUAAGAAGGGCAGCCACCAUUUAUCCAUGCAUGAUUAUAUGAGGCGACUAAAUGGUUUCCAAUAAUUGGACUUGGAGACUAUGCUUCUCUUAACUCAAAUCCAUUUGGAUUUGAUGUUAAAAAUUAUUUCAAGAUUAUAUUAAGACUAGAUCCAAUAAACAUUUUGCAUGAUUGUAAAAGUUAACCAUGACAUUGAUAAACAGUUUGCUACUUUAGAAAGUCGGUUGUGCUCUCUUAAGAAUUGUCAGAUUGUAAAAUUGUGUGAUUUCAUAUAGGCAAAAUAUUCCUUUUGGUGAAUUUUAUGUUCUUUUUUUUUAAAUGUACAUUUAUAUUAUUAAUGAGACAGUUUAAAGUGUCUACAACAUAAUGUAACACUGACAUUUUCAAUUACAAUUUUAACAGCUCUUUAUUUCAUUUAUGAUUUCAUUAUGGUAAACAUGUAUGCAUUUCCACACGUCGUUUUUAAACCAACAAUGUUAGUUUGUUUACAUUUUUUGGAUGAUGAUAUUUCAUGCACUUUUUUUUCCAAACCAAAGAGAAAUCUAUAUUUUUGUUAAAUUGGUUUAUUUUACCAAGUAUUAAUGAGAUCUAAGAAAUAUGCAAACAGUUCUUGUGCUCACAUACAAUCAACCACCUCAUUGAGGCCAAAAUUUAUGAGAAUUCAUUAAUGUAUAGUUAAGUAACUGCACAGACAAGAAAGUGCAUUCCUUAUAUAACCUGAUCUUUAUUCAGUCUGAAUUGUUUUAAUGCAAAAUACUGUUUUGAAACUUGUAAAUUUUAUAAAUAUUCUGCAAAUUAUUUGGUUCAGUCCAGUAAUAUAAUGCAUUGUUUUCCAUCUCAAAGUGUUAAGUGAAAUAUCUGACAUAUUUAGGAAAAUAUUUAGGUACCGUAUGCUAUAAUAUGUUUGAAUUUUCACGAAAGACAGCUGUGUGAUUCGGUCGUUUAUGCAUUGUUUUAACUGUAUGAUAUUAUAAAAUGUACGGAUUAUUUGUGAAUUCAUCUUGUGAACUUUUUGUACUCUUGUUAUCUCUAUAAUUAUAAUAUAAUGUAUGACAAUAAAAUGUUUUCAAUUAGA